AUGUACGGUCGAGGCUACUGCAAUCGGAUGAAAAACACGGAUACCAUACUUACGGCGAGCCUUGGACAGUACAAACAGCGGUUGAAACACUUACGGAAAAUAUUGAGAGAUUGUUGGACGCGGUUUCGAAGGGAAUAUUUGAACGAGCUGAGACAAAUGAACCUCUACCGGAAAAGGAAAACCAAUACGCGAGGUCUGACCGUUGGUGAUGUUGUUUUGAUUAAAGAGGAUGAACCAGCACCUCGGGCACAGUGGAGGAUUGGAAGAGUCUUGCAGCUGGUGAAAGGACGUGAUGGACUGGUCAGGGGAGCUAAAUUGAAGGUUCUAUCAAAGGGUGGAGCUCAGUCGUCGGUUCACAGACCGUUACAAAAGCUAAUACCUUUCGAGAUCGUCCAGGAUGACGUCGACAAGCAUGAAGGGGAUGACAACGAUAGGAACGCAGAACAGCAUAACACGACUGAGACCGAGUCAAGAGCGGAUGAGCGAAAAGGAAGUAGAAGACCAACGAGGAAGGCAGCGAUCGAUGGAGAAAACUUGCGGAGAAUUCGCGAACAGUAUACAUAG